AUGGCCACCGACGGGAUCGCGCCGCCGCCGCGCCACAACGGCCGCCAGCAGCAGCCGCAACAGCAGCAGCUGCCGAUCGUGCUCGAGCCUGACACGGAGCUGGAUGUUGAGACGGCGAGCGUCCUUACCGCGAGCCGGUACGAGCCCGACGACGAUGGGGAGGACCACAUGCGCAGCAGGACGCCCACGAUACCUGCCAACAUCCCCGACCAUCCUAUCCCGUCGAUGCAAGAGGCCUUCGCCGAGUCGUUGGUCGAGGUGACAAAUGGAGGCUUGGCACAGAAACCGAAGCUCAGGACCGGGGAUGCGAAGAGCCGGCGGGAGAAGCUACUCGACGAGGACAAGUCUGAGGGACCACCCGCCGCAUUAUGGAGACUCCGCCCUGGUCAAAAAUGCCACGAGCUCCGGAAACUGAUGGCCCAGAUCUCGUUUGGUGUAUACUUGUUGCUGAGAGGGCUGGCCAACAAUAACGGCCAAGUCAUCACGAUUCUGCAGGGGCACAUUGACGAGGUGGACGAGUUCCUGGAGACGACCAUCGAGGACUUUACCAUUGCGCUGAAGGACCUCAACGAGCGGAUCGAGUACCUGAAGGUUCCCAUGGAGAACAUGGAGGUGUUCGAGAAGAUGCUGGAGGACCGCAAGUUUCGACUACAGAUCGUGGAAGGUAACGUUAAGAUCGAGCACAUCCUGUCGAGAACGUCGACCGCCCUGGCACAGUCCAUUCGAGACAUCUCAGAAGGUGUCAGGUCCACCAAGCAGUUCAGCGCUUAUCUUGAGUCGCAAAAGGACGGUAUAUGGCGCAAGGAGAGGCCCGAUGUUGUCGACAUAUUCGAUGCAAUGAAGGGGAAUACGGAAGGCUGGUACCAUGCGUUUCUGGGCCUCGAAGAACAGAGUAACACACUGAGCGGCCUCCUGCUCAGGCUAAAUACUAUGAUCUCUGAGAUGGAUCAGAAAGCCGGAGAGGUUAGCAGAAAAACGAGACAUACAGCCUUUCUCAGAACCCGACGAUUCGCAACCUCGAUCACCUCGAUCCCCUACGAGCUCGAAUCAGUCAACCCCACAUGCAUCACCUCCAAGAUCAAAGCGUACUUCGAUCUGCCUCUGCGCGAGAAGGAUGAGAUCAAGGAAGAAGGUGAAGCCAGAGACACUCUUCCCGCUUUCCAAUAUACCCCUGCCGAAAGGGACGAGGCUGUCCCGGUCGAGAAGUCCCCCGAUGUUGAAUCUAAGGCGCAAUCUCCGACCCACACGGACGGGACCCUGUCCCCUGAGUCGCCGCCGCCUGAUGAUGGCGCUCUUUAUAUCCUCCAGCCAAGGACAUACACCCCACUACCACCUGCUCCCCUACCUUCACCACGUGUCCAAGAAGGUCCUAGCUUUUCAAGGGACGAGCGAUUCGCAGAAAUCGAAAUCAGCUUGCCUGACAACCGCCGCGAUACCCUUCAGCCUCCCACACCCUCAUCGCCCUUCGAGACAGAACAGCCGCAGCCCAAGCAAAGGACCUCGCUAAGACAGCGAGUCUCACUGAAGACAAAUCCACCCGAGUCUAUCCAGGUGCCGCCGCCGAAUGCCCUUGAGCUACAGCGGCCCCGCUACCCAACUCCACGUACUCACACGGCUCCAGACUCGGCGUACGGAUCUGACUUUGACCGGACUGCCGUUCAGUCGAUGGCCGACAGCUCGCAUGCCGACUUUUCACCACCCGUCUUUCCUAAUCUCAUACCUUCACCUCAUUCCGACCAACAAUACUUCCGGCCUGUCCAGGCCAGUCCCCACUCUCCUCUGCAACAAAGACCCCACACUGCAGGCACCCUGCCACGACAAGGCUAUCAUCAGCGCAAUGUUCCCUCGGCGAUGGGCAUGAGCAUGCUGAGCAGCGUCAGCACUCUGCACCCCGAAGGAAGCGUCGCGGGUAGCAGCCGGACACUGAAGAAGAAGCGCAGUGCGUUCGGCUGGCUGAAGAAAGCGUUCUCGCUUGACGAAGAAGAGCGUGCGGCCUUCGAGCAGCGGAAGCAUGAACAGUCGAGGAACCUAUACUACGACGGCCGCAGCCCCAAGUUCCUGGACGGCAAACGCAUACGGUGA